AUGGGUGGUGCAGCAUCGGUGCAAAAGAGCGGAACCGCAGAUAGAUCGGAGUUCGCCAGCUAUCGCGAUGAUUUUCACAAGGCCAAAGGCGCGGGUGUCACCAAUCGUGAGAUUUUCGACAAGAUGUCGAGGGCCCGCGUCGCUCUGCCCGACGACGGCGACGACGACAAAGCACGACAGCCGAAGAAAGAGCCCAACCGCCAGAUUAGGGCAGGCAGUCACCAGCACAUUCAACACCAAGGGAGCUCCAUGUCCGCAAAGCUGGUGCCCGACAACCCACGAAGGAACUCAGUGCUCGGCAUCACGUCGCACGACAACAAGAAGCACCGGAGGGAUCAGAUCUUCGAGGACGGCUUCGACUUCACCUUGGCCGAUACCAGGAAGGAGAUGGCCAAGCAGCAGGGGGGUUUCGACAAGACCAAGGAAGUGUUCCAAGACGGAAACGACAAGCUCAUUCUGGAGGCACUGGUGAAUUUCUUUUUCAUUGGAGAGGAAAGCACCAACCAGAUGAACUCCUUGAUCGACACGAUGGAGAAGAGCUCAUGCCGCUCGGGAGAGUGGCUCAUGCAGGAGGGAGAACCAGGCGACGCCAUGUAUGUCAUCAAGACGGGAAAGCUAGAGGUCUACGUGGGAGGCACCCUGACCCGACAUGUGGGCCCGGGCUGCGCUGUGGGCGAGCUGGCUCUGUUGUAUCACACACCAAGAAGCGCCAGCGUGAAGGAUCCCCUGGACAAGCAGGCAGCAUCUCGGUUGGCUGGAGCGUUCACGACGAUACAACUUAGGGAGGGAGAAACCGUAUCAACGGAGGGAGGCACUGUGGACCGGUGCUAUCUGAUAGAGUACGGCUCUGUCGAGGUCAAGUCGUCGACGGUGGACUCGCCCGAGCUGAUCCGCAAGCAACUGCGCCCGGCGGUUCCCAAGCCAGACACGCCACGCCCGGCCCCAAGGAGCAGUUCCAAGGGAGGGGGCUCCACGGCCGCGUCGGGGUCGAUCCAGGAGACCCCGCCAGAGGGAGAUGACAUUUCGAACGCUGCGGCGGCGGCAGUGCUGGCUAGCGGUGGUGAGGAGAAGAAGAGCGCCGAGGAAGGUGGGCGGUACGAGGGACAGGCCAACGACGGCGAUGACGGCGACCGAGCUGGGGAAGGAGCACGAACAACUCAGAGGAGCCUUGUUCUAGGCCCUGGAACGUUCCUAGGAAUGCCGGUUCUGCUUUGCGCCGGAAAAGGGAAGAGAGGGGGUUGCUGGGCGCCCGUACCCGAAACUAUCGAUCUUGGAAAGGGCGGGGCAGGGGCUGGGGAUGGAAAUGCAGCAUCGACUCAAGGGCUCAAGUUUGCGGGUGCCAUAUGCCCCGUGUCGAUCACGGCGAAAGAGGACUUACGCUUGAGUUAUUUCACGCCGAGUCAAUUCGAGACGAUCGUGGGUCCCAUCAGAGAGAUCUUCUCCCAGCUGUUGAGAGGCCGCCCCAGCCUCCUCAAGAAAGCCAAGAGUCAAAGGUUCAUCGGCAAGGCCUUGGACGACCGGUUCCUUCCGGAAGACUUCAAGACGGAGGUGUUCCUAGGCACCGGCAGUUUCGGACGGGUAACCCUUGUCACCUUCAAGGACAAAGCAAAGCAGGAGGAAGCAGAUCUCGGGGAAAUCGAGCACUUCGCCCUCAAGGCCCUCUCCAAGAAGGCCGUCGUGGAUAGGGGCCAGCUGGCGCACGUGAAGGAUGAGAAGCUGCUGUUGCAGAAUAUGACUCACCCCCUGAUCCUCGGGCUUUAUUCCACCUUCCAGGACGCGAACAGCAUUUAUUUCCUCAUGGAGGCAGUAACGGCCGGGGAGAUGUGGUCCAUAAUCUACGAGGGGGUCAGCGGUUUCGCCGAGGGAGACCUUCCGAUCGAACACGGAAGAUUUUACGCCGCGUGCGUUCUGGAGGCAUUAUCGUACAUGCACGCCAGGGGGGUCGCCUACAGGGAUCUCAAGCCGGAAAAUAUCAUGGUCGACGGACAGGGGUAUCCGCGGCUGAUCGACCUAGGCUUUGCCAAGAAGAUCCCUUUCACGAUCAUAGUCGACGGGAAGCCAGAGGUGCACCCGAAGUCAUUUACCAUGUGCGGGACCCCAGAAUACCUUGCGCCCGAGUUUAUCUUCAACGCUGGACACGACAAGUCGGUGGAUUGCUGGGCACUGGGUGUGUUGACGUUCGAGUACACGGCAGGGUACACCCCCUUUCAGUCCCCUGGGGAGCCGACGGACAUCACGGCCCUCUUCACAAGGAUCGCCGGUUCCAAAGUGGCCACCUCUAAAAGCGUGUUUCCCCCCAACUACGAUACAAAGGCCGGAAAUGAACACUCUCGGGACAUAGUUUCGAGGUUCCUCCAGGCAGAUCCGUCACAGAGGCUAGGGAACCUUGCCGGCGGGAUAGACGAGGCGAGAAAACACCCUUACUUCGCCGAGAUUGACUGGAAUGCUUUGGCGCACAAGAGGAUGCCGGCUCCAUGGAAACCUCCGCACAGUCUUGCCCCUCCUGCGGUGGACGAGGGAAACCACAAGGAUGUCCCCGUCUUCACGGGGGACAACUCUAUCUUUGCCAACUGGUGAAAAAGAGAGCGAUGAAUACGCACGCCGUGGUCGACGGGGAUGUGCGAAUGUUCGGCGGCUGGAGCAGACGCGAACCGUUUUCAACCACGCGGACGCCAGAUAACGUGUGCGUGUGGACUCGCCAAGUGGUGAACGUCGCACAAAACUAGGGGUGUUUUCUUUUGGAUCAUUUAGGGGAAUCACCUUGAGAAGCUUUAGGGCCAUGGCGCGCGUAUUGCUAGAUUGCUCCCCGUGUGUGUCGGUUGAUGUGUAUCCCUUUGCCGUCUAUAGCGUACUUUUGACGGGAACCUUAAGGGAGGGCCUCGCAAAUAAAUGAAGGGUUCCGAUUGCGCGGGUUGUGGAUCUUCGUGGGGGUACGAAUACUACUCCUGUAGACAGUGACAGAAAAGGAGGGUUGUACAGGCAGCGAUGCGUAUUGGACACACAGCUUGAGAACUGGUAGAGCAAAGUGCUUGAUUGAGAGAUGCUCAUGCGUCACGCUCGGGUGCCGAGGGACAUCAAUCGAUUCACGAAAAGCACCGUACAUGUAGGAUGAGUUUUAGAACAGCCACACAUUUCAUGUUCGUGGACUAAAUAUUUGGAGAGCUCACGAUUAUUCCGCGAAAUAGAAUACUGUAGUAGAUAACUACUGUGAGGGUGUGCUUACCUUCAAUAUUUAUUCAAUAGCCGAUGCUAGGGAAGGACCGAGGUCGCAUAUUUUCAGCCCGCCGCCGUCCGAGGCUUGGUUAAUGCAAGUUUCGUCUACAAUUGUAGGUGCCUUGCGGCUGGCGUAGACCAAUACAAAACACGGUGGUGGAGGGUGUACCUAAACCGAACGUUGCAUGCGUGGGAAGCGCUGUACAAUGUGUCCGACAAAAACGAAACCACCGCAGUUAUCACGCCAAUCUUCUGCGUUGCUGAGAAAACUCCGUGAAGGCCAACCGGAGGUAAGGACGUUUAAACUCAACGUCAUUAAUAUAUGUAUUCGUUUCUCAUUCCCGCAAAUCCCGGAUUGUGCAGGGUUAAGCCUCGCAGAGAGGGUCUAACCUGGUCUUUCCCGUCCAGCUCAGCCCAAUUUUGAUCGAUAGAGCAAACACAUGGUAAGAUAGAUGGCAUGUAGCUUCUGUCCCGUUGACACCCCUUCGCGGCAGACGCUUUCGGUGGCGGCGUUCAUACGUUCGGGGCGUCGUUGGCUCGCGACAAGCUUGUUUCCUGACCAUCUGCCUGCCAAACGAGACGAAGGCGUUCAUGGCACCUUCAUACAGCUUUCGGGUUUACUUUUGUCGCCUUGCCAUGACAACCCAGGGCCAUUGAUCGUGUGUGAAUCCACGCCAAUGUACCCCUAACCCUGACUCCCACAACCUCGCCGAAACGUCGGUUCGAUACCAUAUGGUGGAGGGCGAUCAAGAGAACUUGCAAGCAGUGCCGUGAAAACACUAAAUACCCUCUCGCACAGAGAGUAGGGGCAAACACCGUUGUGUAUCCGCAUCGCGAUCUUCGGAAUCAAGUUUGCUACAGUAGAUGGAUAAAAAUAUAUCUCAUACCCUUUACACUGCACGCGAACGAUCUCAAUCCCAUCCAUCGCUGCAUCAAAGCAGAACGACCGUUACUACAAUCCAAUCAUUGGUCAUCCUCGUUACUCCGACCUGUUAUUGGCUCCGUAUAGGCCUGUGGACUACAGCUCCAAGGAUUUUGUGAAUAUUUCUAUGUGCCUCAAAAUCGAAAUGCGAACAUCUGUUUAACCUAAAUAUUAAUGAUCCGUGGCCCAAACACAGCACAACGAAAAGAAGUCCGUUCCCUCCAUAUUUCUCCUGAAAUACCCCACAAUGUGUACAUCUGGGCAGACUAUCUUCAGUCAAAAACAGUCGUCAGUCAGUCAAGUCUCAAUCCUGUCGACGGGGGUCCGCCGUGCAAAACAUCUGUCAUCUGGCAAUGCUGCAUGUUGCUGAGAGGCGCGCACACCACGACGAUGUUUUCUCGUGCUAAAAAGGACAUGUGAGCGAGUGGUUUGAACCACAAUUUAAAAUUUCCAGCAAAAUCCUCCUGCCCGAACUUCCCCCUCCCCCGCAUGCCCCCGUCUUCAUUCGUUCCUCGCGGUCAUAGAACCGCACUGACGAACUUACUGCGCAGGAAACGAUACAUGUAAUUCUCAACGCCUGGUAUGCAAGGUAAAGGCUUAGCUGUCGACAACAUUAACACGGCGUUGGCUGAGUUCUUUCAAUAUCGGUCCUCCGCUUUAUAUUUCUUUUAGAACGUAGAUGACACCCUACAAAAACAAAUGAUCUCAUCUACAGAAACUCCCGCAUGGGUCCACCUGUGCCAUGAGGUUCACAAAACUUCGAAAGCCGGCCUGAUCUAAAACACGAAUUCCGCCUCGUUCAAAGACGACGCAUCCAGCGAUGGGUUUGUCGCACAGGUUGACCCAAACGACAAAUGCUGCAGGGAGGCCGGCCACACAAUAGCGGCGAUGGGUUGGGUGAACCAAGAAGCGAACGACAGCUGCUGCAGGGA